AUGAUUGAAUUCUAUCAAGCUUAUGCUGAUUACAAAGAUCUCAUGGCUUUGACAGAGGGGAUGCUUGAAAAAUUAGCAAUCGACAUCUUGGGUUCAACAGAUGUUCCUUAUGGUGAAGAAGUGUAUAGCUUCAAAGGUCCAUUUAAGAAAAUCUCGAUGUUUGAUGCGAUUCUUGAGCAUAAUCCAAAUUUCACUGCUGAAAAUGUUUCGGAUCGUGAAUUCUUGGCAACAUUUAUUCGUGAAGAGUUAAAAGAGCAAGUUAAACCAGGUUUUGGUUUAGGUCGACUACAAACCAUCGUAUUUGAAGAAACUGUUGAAACUCAAUUACGUCAGCCGACAUUUAUCACAGAAUAUCCUGCGGAAACUUCGCCGUUAGCACGCCGAAAUGAUGAUAAUCCACAUAUCACAGACCGCUUCGAAUUCUUUAUCGGUGGUCGUGAGUUGGCAAAUGGUUUCUCGGAAUUAAAUGAUCCAAUUGACCAAGCUGAACGCUUCCAAGCGCAAGUUGCUGAAAAAGAUGCGGGCGAUGAUGAAGCAAUGCAUUUCGAUGCUGACUUUAUUGAAGCAUUAGAAUACGGUUUACCUCCUACAGCAGGUGAAGUAAGUAUUCGCGAUGUGAUCUUAUUCCCACAUAUGCGUCAUAAAAAUUAA